AGAUGGAGUUAGAGCACGGAGGAACUACACUUCCCGACGAGCUAUGACGCAUCCGCUGACAUAAGGCGGAAGGACGCUGUGACCUAAGAUUGGACGUAAAAACCUUGUUACUUAUACGACUGCCGGCCUGAACCCUACCAGAAGCUCUCAGGCCUGUAGCUUCUUCUCAUUCUGAUGCUGUCUCUGCGCCUGCUCCAAACCAAAUGCAGGAUACCUUGGACGUUGGCCACUUUGCCGUAUUCUAGAUCCCAGCUUCACAUGGAGAGGCCGGUGGAGAACGCCAUCCGAUCCAAACUGAGUGAGACCCUGAAGCCCAGCCACUUGGAGGUGCUGAAUGAGAGCUAUAUGCAUGCCGUGCCCAAGGGUUCAGAAACGCACUUUAAGGUGGUGGUGGUCUCUGAGAGCUUCCUCGGCAAGUCUCUGAUCCAGAGGCAUAGACUGGUGAAUGAACUGCUGAAGGACGAGUUAGCUGGUCCUGUUCAUGCCUUGUCCAUCCAAGCCAAAACCCCUCAACAAUGGGAGGAAAACCCCGCUGUCAGCAAAAGUCCAGCCUGUAUGGGCGGCUCAAAGCAUGACCCUGAGAUGAGCAAGAAACUUGGCACUCAAGUAUAGAUGUGACUUUUACGCAAGCUGGCACAUGGGAGCUUCUACACCUGAUGACUACAGUUGACUUCUUCUUUUUUUUUUUUAUAAGAAUUGGUAGAAUUGUUAGAUUAACCUGUUUGUGGCCAGCCUUGGGCUGUAUACUAAAUUGGUCCAGAGAAGUGGCACUUCUAUAUGUUCAUGGGGUGAUCAAGAGGGGGAUAAAGUGAUUGAUGUCCUGGUCAAAAAUAUGAAUGAAGUCAUUAUGUGCUGA